GUGAUUCAGCCAGUGUCGGUGGAAAAAUCAAAGCGCUGUGAUGCGAGCACCCCCACAGGUGCAUACAAAACUACCCCAUAAACCCAAAAACAGAGUUCUCUGAGAAAGGUACCGUUUUUUGGUUGUUUCUCAAUCUCAACCAUGGAAGCAAAGCAGAAAAUGAUGAUGGGUCUGAUUCUAUUGUUGUUCUGUGUUUUGGGUGCGAGUGCUUGGACUGGUGAAAUCCAUGGACGAGUUGUUUGUGAUGUUUGUGGGGAUUCUUCUCUUGGACCUGAAGAUCAUGUUCUUGAAGGUGCUGAGGUUGCUGUUCUUUGCAUCACUAAGUCUGGGGAGGUUCUAAAUUAUCAGGCAUUCACAGAUGCUAAGGGGAUAUACACUGUUGCAGAGACAAUGCCUGAGAGUGAUCGUUGGGAUGCAUGUCUUGCUCGACCAAUCAGUAGUUUCCAUGAGCAUUGCACUCAUCUUGGCGAGGGUAGCUUGGGGGUGAAAUUCAGUUACAAUCACCCUUCAGGAUAUUCACACACUGUCAGAACCUUUGUUUAUCGACCUACCAGUGUUCCAUCUUACUGCAUUUGAUAUAUAUUAGCUUGUUUCAAAUCUGGAAGUGCCUGUGUGUUUGGUUGAACUACAAUAAAAAUUAAUGAUAUAUGGGCCCAGUUUCUUUAUAGUAUGUGCAUAUGUAGUGUUGUUCCUUGUGUAUUUCUUAGAGCAUAAGUGAGUAGACCAUGAAACAUUGUUUAAAUAAAUUGCAAAUGACAUUUUCUCUCAGAGUAAUGCAAAAUCAUUGUAAAUGGCAGUGUCAUUGAGAUAAUGCAAUGUGUUGAGAGAUAUAAGAUUAUGGCAUAAAUAUGUU